AAUUAACUGUCUUCCCUUCACAGUCUUUUUCCUAAACUGGCUUCCUCCAGCUGUGCAGAGAGGUUAUGUCAAGGUGUUUGACUUUCUUAGGGCUGGACCAUGAAUAACUGUAUCCUUCUGGAAGAACAACUGAUCAAAAAAUCCCAACAAAAGAGAAGGACUUCCCCCUCCAACUUCAAAGUGCGCUUCUUUGUUUUAACCAAAGCCAACUUGGCAUAUUUUGAAGACCGCCAUGGGAAAAAGAGAACUUUGAAGGGUUCCAUUGAACUUUCAAGGAUCAAAUGUGUGGAGAUUGUGAAAAGUGACAUCAGCAUCCCUUGCCACUAUAAAUAUCCCUUCCAAGUGGUACAUGAUAAUUAUCUCCUAUAUGUAUUUGCUCCUGAUCGAGAGAGCCGACAGAGAUGGGUAUUGGCCCUCAAAGAAGAAACCAAGAAUAACAACAGUUUAGUGCCUAAGUACCACCCCAAUUUCUGGAUGGAUGGGAGGUGGAGAUGCUGUGCCCAGACUGAAAAGCUUGCAUCUGGCUGUGCUGAGUAUGAUCCGACCAAGAAUGCUUCAAAGAAGCCUCUUCCUCCCACUCCUGAAGACAACCGGCGGUCAUUGAGAGAACCUGAAGAAGCCCUUGUCAUUGCCUUGUAUGACUACAACACAAAUGAUCCCCAGGAACUCACCUUACAAAGCAAUGAAGAGUAUUACCUCCUUGACAAUUCAGAAAUCCAUUGGUGGAGAGUGCAAGAUAAGAACGGGCAUGAAGGUUAUGUGCCAAGCAGUUACCUGGUAGAGAAAUCUCCAAAUAACCUGGAAACAUAUGAGUGGUACAACAAAAGCAUCAGUCGAGACAAAGCAGAAAAACUCCUUUUAGAUGAGGGAAAAGAAGGAGCCUUCAUGGUGAGAGACUCUAGGACGCCAAAAACAUACACUCUUUCAGUUUUCACCAAAGCAAUCUUAAGUGAGAACAACCCAUGUAUCAAGCACUAUCACAUCAAAGAGACCAAUGACCAUCCCAAACGAUACUACGUGGCAGAAAAAUAUGUGUUUGAUUCCAUCCCCAACCUGAUCAACUAUCACCAGCACAAUGGAGGAGGUUUAGUUACACGUUUAAGGUACCCUGUUUGUUCCUGGAGAAAAAAGGCCCCUAUCACAGCUGGUUUGAGAUACGGCAAAUGGGUGAUCCAUCCCUCAGAACUCACUUUUGUGCAGGAAAUUGGCAGUGGGCAGUUUGGUCUGGUGCAUCUCGGCUACUGGCUAAGGAAGCACAAGGUCGCCAUCAAGACCAUUCAGGAAGGAGCCAUGUCAGAAGAAGAUUUCAUAGAGGAGGCUGAAGUCAUGAUGAAACUCUCCCAUCCUAAACUGGUGCAGCUCUAUGGAGUCUGUCUGGAGCAGGCCCCUAUUUGCCUGGUGUUUGAGUUCAUGGAGCACGGCUGCCUGUCUGAUUAUCUCCGGAACCAGCGGGGGCUCUUUUCUGCUGAGAGUCUCCUAGGCAUGUGCCAGGAUGUGUGUGAGGGCAUGGCUUACUUGGAGGAAGCUUGUGUCAUUCACAGAGACCUGGCCGCCAGGAACUGUUUGGUGGGAGAAAACCAGGUCAUCAAAGUGUCAGACUUUGGCAUGACAAGGUUUGUUCUCGACGACCAGUAUACAAGCUCGACAGGCACCAAAUUCCCUGUGAAGUGGGCGUCCCCAGAGGUUUUCUCUUUCAGUCGUUAUAGCAGCAAAUCUGAUGUGUGGUCAUUCGGAGUCCUCAUGUGGGAAGUCUUCAGCGAGGGCAAAAUCCCUUAUGAAAACAGCAGCAACACCAAGGUGGUGGAGGACAUCAGCACUGGAUACCGGUUGUAUAAACCAAGGCUAUGUUCCCCUCUCAUCUACCAGAUUAUGAAUUGUUGUUGGAAAGAGAAACCAGAAGACAGACCAUCUUUUGCUAGCCUGCUGUGUCAGCUGGCUGAAAUCGCUGAAUCUGCACUUUAAGCCAGAAUCUCUGGGACUGCCAAAUACAAGCUCUAACCAGGGGUCUCUACGGCCCCCUGGGCAGCAAGUGUCUGAGUGGGGACAGGGAGUUCCUCCCUUCACAGAGCAUUAAGGACAACCUCCAUCCCAACCCUUUCUAAAGGCCCUGAGACCUGCCUGAGCCAGGCUCCAGACCUGCUAGGAAAGCAGUAAUUUGAGAGUUACCUAGAGAAUAGGGGGAGCCAGAUUGGAAUACAGAAAAGGUGGCAGAGGUCAGAACUAUCCUGAAGCCCACUACUCAACUAACCUCAUGCACGGAGGACAAGACUCAGUCCGGAAGCUUUUUGUGGGGUAUUUCUUGAACAUGAAAUGGGGAAGGAGAGAAGCUAUAUUCUAACCCCGUGGCCUAAAUGAGGCUUUCAUUAGACUCAAUAACUCCACACCCCAGAAUUUUCAAAGCCUUUCAGGCCCACAUGCUUUGCAGCAGAACAAGCAUGCACUCUCCUACCCACCCCCGCAAGGAAACAGGGAGCUGCAUCAGCUGUGCCAGGUACAUUGCCCACCACCGAGAACCACAGCUUCCUGCCCAUGUGCAGAGGAGGCUGAGAUGACUCCCCGGUGUGGACGGGCUCAGCAGCAGCUGGCUGCAGUUGCAGCGAGCAACCCUGGCACCUGUCUGCUCAGAGGAGAUGGAUGGAGCCCCCAUCUCUUACUGAGCAGGAGAAAAAACUGAGCUCUCAGGGGCAGCCAAGUCACUGUGUGAGUCUUGUGUUUCUGGAGGGAUGGGGGAAGACAAAAUGGAAGGUUUACAGGUAGGGUUAAGUUCCAAGAUUCACAAACAUCGAGAAGGAACAAGGAGUCAGUGCAUUCUCUCUAACACAGGUGGGUGGCAACUGUCAGAUGGGUGAGAAAUCCCCCAGUCAGUUACCUAGGUGGGAGGCAAGAGCAAAAAGAGAAAACAAGUCUACGUGGUUUUUGAUCUCCUGAAGUCAUUCCCAGUCUCUGUAAACUAGAAUGUAAUUCCCAUUCUUCUGCUCUGUAUCUUUUACUUCUCACAGUGAUCCUACUACAAUUUAGUUCAGCAUGAGAACAAGGCAAGAAGCAAUCAUUUAUUAAGCACCUGCUAUGUGCGGGACCAGUACUGUGCUAGGUGCUUUACAAAUAGUCUCUCAUUUGGUUCCCACCACAACCUUGGUGCUUUUAUUAUAAAGCUGAGGAAACUGAGGUAAAGAGAAGUUAGAUGACCUAUCCAGGAUCUCAUAGCUAGUAAGUACAUGAGAUCAUAUUUGAACUGACUCCAGGUGCAGUCUUGUAGCUGCCUAAACAUACAUUUAUUAAGCAUCUAGUGGAUACAAGGACUACAGAGACUGUAUCUGUCAACAAUCUUUAUGUUGUUCAGCUUUUUAGAAAUGAUUAAACACUGAUCAUUUGGAAAAUAAUAGUGCUUGAUACAUUAGUGGCCCUAAAAUUGCAUGCCAAGCAACAUUAUUACAUGAAUCCAUUUACUGUAUAAGUUGUGACAUUGCUAUUUCUAAUUUUGUAUUGAAAGAGAAAAAUAGAAAAUACCAGGUUUUCAUGUUGUUGGAUUUUUAUUGGUAGUGGUUGGUUUAUUUUUAGCAGACUUUGAAGAAAAGCUUCUGCAGUCUUUUUUUUUUUUUUUUAACACCUUGUAGCCUAAUAUAAGACAGGUCAGUUUUCUAUCUUAUUCGGGUAGUUAUUUGAGAAAUUACUGAAUAUGUCAUAAUAUGUUCUUUGUAGACCGUGGAAUAAUUUGCUAAUCCAAGAAUCAAAUGUUUUAAUACCUUUAAGGGGAGCAGAUGAUUUCACUUACCUAACCAAAAUAAUUUCUAUAUAUACAAUUGUUUUGUUUUAAUGGUGGGGCUAAAAGUCAGACUUUUCUUUGGAAAUACUCGAGACCUCUGAAACUUUCAGCCUAGAAUAGAAGCGUCUGGACUGAUUGAUUCCAGUGGUCUUUUUGUUUUCUGUAAUAUCCUAUAUGUUAUGUUGUUUGCUUGUUUUCUUUUUCAAGCAAUUUUAUUGUGAAUUUGACAGGACCUGUGGAAAUAUUUCAUUCUUCAGCUAUCCAGUGCUUCAAAUCCAAUUUUUUUCUGGUGUUUUUUUCUCUGAAAAUGGUGUCUUAAUAAUAGAAACUCGCAUUCGGGUCAGUUUUCUAGUCUUAUUUUGCAUUUAUCUGCAAUAUUCCUUUGAGAGUAUAUAUUUAUAUUUUAGUGAAUUAUAGUAUUUAUGAGUUGACAGCUGUAUCUAGCAAUGGAAUGAAGUAAUAUACAAUAAAUGUUAUAAUUUUUCUUAUUGCACAAAGCAUAAAGCCAGUCAUGUUCAAUAAAUGCAAUUCUUCCCACUGUGA